AUGGAACGCACGCGUUGUUUGUUGACGCGCGUUCGACGAUUUUAGGGUAUUCAAAUGGAUAAUUAUAAUCGUUCAUUUUUUGAAGCGAUUUCAAAAACGCCAUCGUCGAGAACAAAUCAGGAUCUACGAACGAUUUAUUGUAAUUUACGUCGAUUAGAUAUAUUUCAUAAUUUGAACGAUGAUCCACUAAAAGCAAUAUGUCGUACAGCUCGCUAUGAACAAUUUCCAUCAAAUUUCAUUUUAUUCAGACGAGGGCAGGUAGCGACUUGUUGGUAUAUUUUAUUAUCUGGAUCGGUCUUUAUCGAUAGUCAAAUAUAUCUUCCAUAUGAAUGUUUUGGUAAGCGAAACGGUUUAAAUUAUCGUCGUAUAAGUGAUUGCGUUUUACUUCAACAAUCUGAAAUGAUCGUCAUAGAUUAUCCCGAUGUGAAGCAUAUUUUGGUGAAUCAAGAGCAAAAUAAUUCUACGCUAAGAAAUAACGACGAUACGGUUUCAUCGAGAAAAGCUGUGCAUUCAUUGAAUCUUAAUCCCGUUCAAUCAUCGACAUCUUCUGUUGAAUCCGCUCUCCUCUAUAAUAGUAAUAAUAAUAAUAAUAAUCAUAGCUCAGAUUUACCACCAGCACCUUUACCUCCUCAAAGAAUGCGUAAAAAUAAUACCUCCAGAAUGCCUCAUACUUCGGUAUUACCGUCAUCAUCCUUAACGGUUUUCAUAAAUCGUUCGAAUAAUAAUUCUAUAAUGCACGAAAUGCAUGAUAGUGACGCUGAUCGCGGAUAUAAAAGCCAGAUUUAUUUAAAUGGAUUAAGCACUACAGAUGAGCCAAUUUUAACUGUCAAACAUAGGACAUAUAAAUCAAAUUCACUUGGCGGAUCAAACAUUUCGAGGGGUCGACUUUCGAGCACUGCUUCAUCGAGUACCAACGAUGACGAUUUACAUGGAUUGCCAGAAACAGCAGUAGAUAGCGAAGAAGAAGAUGACGAAUCUUGUCCAUCUCAUGACAGUUAUCACGAAUUGAAAGAUAGCGUUCGAGAAUGCCUUGAAAAAGAACCAUCAGAAAGAAAUUCGGAUGACCUUUGCAUAUUACUUGAUUUCAUGCAACAUAUGUCGGCAUUAGCUUCAUUACCACUAAGUAUCAAGAAACAGUUGUGUCUUAAAAUGGUGUUUGCUGUUGUUGCUGAAGCAGGAACUGUUGUAAUGCAUCAUAAUGAAAGGUUAGAUGCAUGGUCUGUAAUUGUCAAUGGGCAAGUCGAAGUGAUUUAUCCAACUGGUGAACGGUAUGAAUAUAAACUUGGCGAUUCAUUUGGUGCAAAACCUAUUUUCACUCCUCAGUAUCAUGUUGGAGAAAUGCGGACAUUAGUUGAUGAUUGCGAAUUUGUGCUUGUCGAGCACCAUGAUUAUUGUUCAAUAAUGAGUACAAUCGGGGAACAUAUUGAACGACAGUCCGAUCUACUCACCGGGGAAAUUGUUUCAGAAACUGAACGGAGAGCAUUUGGCACUCAAAUUGGGCAAAUCUUAAUUAAAGCAAAUAAGGAUAAACUGAUAGAACAUUUGAUAGAAGAACGAGAUUCAGUGAUGGAUGCGUAUUAUGUCGAAGAUUUUUUGCUAAUGUAUCGUGUUUUUAUCACCGAUCCAACAAUGAUCUUCGAAAAAUUAAUGCAUUGGUUUGCUGAAAUAAUUCUUCGAGACAAAGUGGCGCGAAUAGUACUUCUUUGGGUCAACAACCAUUACAAUGAUUUUGAAUGUAAUUCUGAGAUGCUUGAGCUUCUUGAUAGAUUCGAACAAGCUCUUGAAAGAGAUCAGAUGUUUAGUCAACAGUCUUUAUUAAAUAUUGCAUGUAGUGUUAAGUCAAGAGCGCGAACGUUGACUUAUACAAGAUCGAAUAGAGACCAACCGCUUACAUUUUCGAUUAUUGGCGGUAAAGAAAAUGGAUCCUCUGGUAUAUUUAUAUCUAAUGUUCAAGAAAGCAGUUAUGCGGAUAAAAUUGGUUUAAAGCGUGGAGAUCAGAUAAUAGAAGUGAAUGGUCAGACUUUCAAAGGAAUAAAUUUAUCGCGUGCGUUAGAAAUUUUGCAUUCAAACACACAUAUUUCGCUAGUUGUUAAAUCAAAUUCAUUAGGUUUCAAGGAGAUUAUCACUUUAUCAGAACGUGCUAUUGAUGUUAUUGAUGCUAGUGAUACAAAAUCUGUACUUAUUGCUGGCCGAAUAACAAAAAAUAAAUUAUUUCAGAGUAAUCAUGCUUCAAUGGCAAAUAUGGUAGGUAUUAUUCAUGAAGAUGAUUCGCGUCACAAUUCUUCAUCUCAUUCAUCACGUAGUCGUAAUAUUAUUGCUGGCAUAAUGACAAAAAGUUCAGUAAUGGAUAAAAUAGUGACAAUGCUUAAAUCUCUACCAAACAACAACUCAAUUGAUAAUCUUUUGGAUGACGAUCGAAAUGUGGAAUCUGUUCGAAUGAACGCAUUGCGUACAAGUCGAUCGAAUCCAGAUAUAGCAAAUCAUUCUAUUGUAUCGGGAAAUAUGAUUGAUACGGGCAUUGCGCACUAUUAUCAACCAAUGCAUAGUACUUGCCCUGAACAUGUUUUGAAAAUUUAUCGAGCAGAUCAGUCGUUUAAAUAUUUAACUGUUUAUAAAGAAACCACUGCACAAAACGUUGUUCAACUUGCUCUUCAGGAAUUUGGCAUGAAUUCUGAUGCUGGAAGUUUGGAAUGGUCUUUAUGUGAAACAACUGUGACAUCAGGAGGUGUAAUUAAACAACGCCGUUUGCCCGAUCAACUUUCGAAUUUAGCGGAACGAAUUCAACUUAAUAGUCGUUAUUAUCUGAAAAAUAAUUCAAGGCGACGCAAGCGUUAUUCAUUUUAUUUUAGGUCUGACCCGCUUGUACCAGAUGAAUUAGCUCCUGAAAUUUUGAAGGAAGCAGAAGUUCAACUACUUCAAUUAAAUGCGCAGAUUCUUGCAGCUCAACUCACUUUGCAGGAUUUUGCUGUGUUUUCAUCUAUAGAGCCAACUGAAUAUGUCGAUAAUCUAUUCAAUCUCGAAACUCGUUAUGGUUGGCCGAAAUUAACAGAAUUUGAACAACUUUUUAAUAAGGAAAUGUGGUGGGUUGCAACAGAAAUUUGUCGUGAACGAAAUUUACAAAGACGAGCUAAGCUUGUGAAAAAAUUUAUAAAAGUGGCUCGAUAUUGCCGAGAUUUUCGAAAUUUCAAUUCGAUGUUUGCAAUUAUGAGCGGUCUCAGCAAACCUCCCGUACGUCGACUUCAUCUCACGUGGGAACGGGUUCCAACAAAAUAUGUGAAAACAUUCGAAGAUAUUCAACAUUUAGUGGAUCCGUCGAGAAAUAUGUCGAAAUAUCGACAACUUAUUUCACUGGUUUCCCAAGAACCUCCUAUUAUUCCUAUAUAUCCAGUGCUCAAAAAGGAUUUGACAUUUUCUCAUGAGGGAAACCCUACUUAUUGCGAAAAGCUGGUCAAUUUUGAAAAACUUCGUAUGAUUGCUAAAGCUGUUCGUUGCGUUACAAAACUUUGCAGCGCUCCAUAUGAAAUUGGUGCAAUGGCUCGGCAGAGUGGUGGUAAUGUUAGUGACGCGCUUCUUCAUAUGAAUAGCUUUGACAACGGCAAUAUUAAAGUGGCAACGAUGCGGAAAAUUAGUUCCAGUACAGUUAAAGGAAGUAUGCAACCUCGCAAAAAAAUGUAUGAACAGGCUUUAAUGGUUCGUAAAGUGAAAUCUUACUUAUCUAAUAUCGGCGUAAUAGACUGCGAAACAGAACUGGAUCGUUUAUCACUUGAAUGUGAAGCAGGAAAUAACAGUUCAAAUAUAAACCGACGUCGAGUUCCAUCUCCAUCUCCUUCUAGUCUUUCCAGUGUAUCAAGUACUUCGGAUCAGCGUAAAUUUGCUGCACCAAAAUUUGGAGUUGAAUCGCCACAAGCUGUUCAAAAAAUGUUAUCACUGGUGCAGAAUUCACGUAUGAAGCAACAAAACGUUAUUCUAGGAUCUGCUUUAACGCAGAUAACCGCCAGUCCUGUUCAAUCACCAAUUAUUCCCUCAAAAGGUGCACGAAUGAGAAGUGCACCCGUUUCCUUAAAGAGAAUUCCUUCCCUUAAUCUAUCGAGACCAGUUAGUAAUAUCGUUUCGGAUAUACAGCCAGUCGAUCUGACAGCAGAAAGUAGUUCUGUGACUAAUCUUUAUUCGUCAGUUAUAUCAAACAGUGGUAAAAUUUUUUAUCUUCUCAUAUUUCACAUGAAAUUUCAUAUGCUUUGA